GUCGGUGGUGCAGUAAAAAAAAAGUUCAACUGGUUAUUGAACUCAGCUGUUGUUCUCCAGUUGAAUCAGUCUCUGGUGUUUCCAGCAGAGUGACAUCAUGGCAACUGCAGGAUCUGUCACAGAUGUGCAAACCCUGAAGCGAAGCAAGUGCUGUAAAUAUCUGCCACCUGACAUGUCUGAGCUGAGGGUUGUUCUGCUGGGGAACAGCUGGUCUGAGAGGAGUUCAGUGGGGAACUUCAUACUGGGAGAGACUGUGUUCAACAAAGCACCUGAAUGCUGUCUGAGAAUCAGUGGACCACUGGAGGAGGAGAAGAAAAUAGUUGUCAUCGACACUCCAGAUCUGCUGCUUCCCAACAUUUCUUCAGAAAAACUGACUGAGUUUUUAAAAGACUGUCAUGAACGAUCUGUUCCUGGACCUCAUGUGUUCCUGCUGGUUCUUCAGCCUGAAGACUUCACUGAGGAACACAAAGUGAGACUCUGCACAGUUCUUGAAAAUUUCAGUGAUCAGUCAUUUGAUCAUUCACUGAUACUGAUAUCACCAACCAGAAAGGGAAUCUUAGGAUUCACGGAGAACUAUAAGCAAAACCCACAUUUAAAAGACAUGAUCAGAAAAUGUAGAUACAGAUACUUGAAGCAAGAAAACCUUGAACCUCCAGAGCUGUUAACACGCUUGGGUCAAAUUGCCAAAGAAAACAACAGAGAACAUGUGAGCUAUGAACUGUUUGAGGACACAUCUACUUUACCAGCUGAUCAUCAGAGCUCAAAACUAGAGAAAAGAUCAACUCCUAUCUCAGAUGCUGUUAAAGCUGCUGGGCUGCAUGCAGCUACAGAAAACACUCUGCAACUCUCACUCUCAGGGAAAAACCCUUCAUCUCACACAUCUGCAUUCAGGAUUGUGCUGUUGGGGAAAAGUGAGGACAAAAAGACAAAGAUUGGUAACUUGAUCAUUGGGAACCAAGGUUUUCAUUGCCAAAAACAUUCACCAACCACUCAAUGUGUGGCCACCUGUGGAGAGUGGGAUGGAAAACCAGUCACAGUUGUGAAAACUCCAGACAUGUUCAGUGUGUCUGAGGAGGCUGUGAGAAGAGAAGUGAAGAGCUGUGUGACUCUUUGUUCUCCUGGACCAAAUGUUCUGCUGCUGUUAGCGAAGCCUUCUGAUUUCACUGAAGAGGACAGACAAAGACUGAAGUUCAUCCUGAGUUUGUUUGGUCAAGAUGCUUUUAAACACUCCAUGGUCAUCAUCACACAUGAAGGGAUGGAAAUGAGUUUCUCUGUUAAUAAACUCCUUCAAGACUGUGCAGGAAGACACUACAACAUGUCCGAAGAUAACUAUUCAUCAUUAAUGGAGAAGAUUGAGGAAACUGCAAAUAAAUACAAUGAAACCCCCCCGCCUACACGUGAACACAUCAAACCAGUUUUAAACCUGGUUCUGUGUGGGAGGAGAGGAGCAGUGAAGACUUCAGCAGUCAAGGCCAUUUUAGGUCAGACAGAGCUUCAUUCAGUCUCCAACUCAUCAGAGUGUGUUAAACAUCAGGGAGAGAUGUGUGGACGUCGGGUUUCCCUGGUGGAGCUGCCUGCCUUGUAUGGAAAACCUCAGGAGGCAGUGAUGGAGGAAUCAUUCAGGUGUAUCUCCCUCUGUGAUCCUGAGGGCGUCCAUGCCUUCAUCCUGGUCCUACCUGUGGGUCCCCUCACUGAUGAAGACAAGGGAGAGUUAAAGACCAUCCAGAACACAUUCAGCUCUCCAGUCAAUGACUUCACCAUGAUUCUGUUCACUGUGGAGUCAGAUCCUACAGCUCCAGCUGUUGAUGACUUUGUAAGAAAGAAAAGAGACAUCCAGGAGCUCAUUCAGAGCUGUGGAGGAAGACAUGUUGUUCUCAACAUCAAGGACAAGCAGCAGAUCUCUGAGAUGUUGGAUGAAGUGGAAAAGCUAAAUCUGUAUGAGGAAAGUCCAAGCAGCUACACAACAGAAACAUUUGCACAUGCCCAAAUAAAAAAGAUUGUACAACAAGAGAGAAACAUCAACAUGCAACAGGCUGAACUUGAAAAGCUUAAAAGCAAGAGGCAGAACACCUGUGAUGAUGAGAUUCAGAGCUCAGAGAGUCUCAGGAUUGUGCUGCUGGGGAAGACUGGCAGUGGAAAGAGCUCUUCAGGAAACAUCAUUCUGGGAAGAAAAGAGUUUGAAGCCAAAUCAAGUCAAACAUCAGUCACCAAACGUUGUCAGAAAGAAAAUAGUGAAGUAGACGGUCGUCCUGUCGUUGUGGUCGACACUCCUGGUCUGUUUGACUCCACUUUGUCCCAUGAAGAGGUUAAUGAGGAGAUGGUGAAAUGCAUCAGUCUUCUGGCUCCAGGACCACAUGUCUUCCUGUUGGUGUUACAGAUUGGCAGAUUCACACCAGAAGAGAAGGAGACAUUAAAACUCAUCAAGGAAGGUUUUGGGAAGAAUUCAGAAAAGUUCACCAUCAUUCUUUUCACGAGAGGAGAUUCACUGGAGGAUGACGAGCUGUCCAUUGAAGAUUACAUCAAAGGAUGUGAUGAUUCCUUUAAGAAGUUGAUUGAUGACUGUGGAGGAAGAUACCAUGUGUUUAAUAAUCGUGAUAAAAAAAAUCGCACACAAGUCAGUGAACUGAUAAAGAAGAUUGACUCCAUGGUGAAGAAAAAUGGCGGCAGCUGCUACACCAAUGAGAUGCUGCAAGAGGCCGAGGCAGCAAUAAAGAAGGAAGUGGAGAAGAUCCUGAAGGAGAAAGAAGAAGAGAUGAAGAGAGAGAGGGAGGAACUUGAAAGAAAACAUGAGGAAGAAAUUAAAGCAAUGAAAAGAAGAAUAGAAGAACAGAGAACAGAAAUUGAACAGGAGAGAAAACUGAGAGAGAAACAACUCAAGGAAAAAGAGGAAAACAUCAACAAGGAGCGUGAACAGAGAAAGAAAGAACAGGAAAAGAGAGAAGAAGAAGACAUGAGGAAGAGAGAACAAGAAGAAAUUCAGCGACAGGAGUGGGGACAGAAACAUAAAGCUCUGGAGGAAAAAAUUAGAUCAGAAUCAGAAGAAAAAGAAACUAUUGAUAAAAAGCUGGUGCAGAGCAGAGCAGAGAUGAGAAAGGAACGAGAUGCCUGGGAGAAGGAACGCAAAGAAAUGUGGGAGAAACAGUAUCGAGAAGAUGAACAGAGACGACAGGAGGAACAAACAAAAUUGAAAAAGCUCCAAGAAGAAUACGAUCAGGAAAGAGCAAAAUAUGAACACAACAGAAAAGAAGAAGAUCGAAUCAGAAAAGAACAGGAGGAACAAGAGAGAAAAGAAUUAGAAGAAAACUAUGAGAAAAAAAUGGAGGAAAUGAAAACCAAGUAUGAAGACGAGGCCAGAAAACAAGCUGAAGAGUUCAAUGAAUUCAGAGAGAAAUACAUGAAAGACUUUGAAGCUCUGAUGGACAGACAUGAUGAGGAACUCAAUGCUCUGAAGCACCAACAUGUAAAAGAAAUGAAACAGACACAGGAGGAACACAGCAAAGAGUACAAUCUGUUACAUGAUCUCUCAAGCCACAAAGAAAAGGAACUAAAAGAAGAACUGGAGGGCAAAGAGAAAGAAUUAAAAGAUGAAAUGGAAGAAAAAAUGAAGAAAAAAGAAGAACAAAACAGAGAACUGCAGGACUUAAAGGAACAGCAUCAACAAGAAAUCGAUGAUUUAAAGAAGAAAUACAAAAAGAAAUGCACCAUCUUCUGAUUAUUCUUCUUAUUGCAGAAACUCUCAGUAUGAUUCAUUAUUAACAUUCAGCUAACUAACAUUUACUAGUGUUAGUCAGCUCACAUGUCAGAGUGAAUAAAUUUUCUUUAGCCCUCUCACAAAAUAAAUGUACAUUAUUAGUUUAAAUCAUCAAUAGUUUUUUCUCAUUCAUCCUCAUUAAAGUCGAUGGAACUGUGCCAUUGCGUCUCCAAAUUCACAAUGUCCCUAAAACACCAGGCACUAGGACCUGGAGGAGGCUGCUGCUGCUCUAAUCCAGCGUUUCUAUUGGCUGUGCAGCCAUCUCUACCAUCUUUGGUAGAGACUGUAAUGAUUAAUCGGAAACCACUGAAGUUGUGACAAGUUGUUGGCUAAAACUUUACCAAGAUAAACACAAUAUACAGAGUGAAAUAGUACGUAGUUGCAAAGUGAAGAUACUUAGCUCCAAUAUGAAUUUGUGGCAAAUGAUGGUCAAUGCAGCGAGCUAUCAAGUUGUUACUUAUUUGUAACUUGCUUAACGUUCGCUAACAUUAGGUUUAAGUGAGUAAAAGACAAGAGGAUAGGCUAUAUAACACUAACAUUAUACAGUGGAAACCACUCAUAUGGAUUAAAAAGCUCAGGACAGAAUCAGCCCUAUAUAAAUACAGUUUAAAUAAUUUGCUUAUAGCAACACAGUCACCAGAAGAAAACGUUCACUUAUAGUGAUUAAUUUGACCCAGACGGAUGUGAUCACUAUAAGUGGUUUCCACUGUACUAACUAGCUGAUGAGCCAGCCAGCCAAAGUGUGAACGAGUGAAAGAGAUAGAAAUAAUGUUAGUGACAGCCCUUUACAUACUUUGCUUUUAUAUGCCUCUUAAGUAUUUCAAAACAAUCAUAUCAGUAGACAUAGAUUAUUGUUUAUAAUCAGUUAAUGUCAGUGAAAAGGUCACAUUGUGUUGAUCAUAAUGCAAUUUUAUAUCCCUCAAUUCCUCAACAUGUAGAUGGAAACAAGACAUUUCUUCAAAAACAUGGCAACUCCGCUGAAGGCCAGUCAGAUGAGACGAUUUUGCCAGUUCACACAAAUACAAAUUUAAACUGGUUGAUCACUCAUUAAGCCUUGAGUCAAUCUGAGUUUAAUAAAAUAACAUGUUACUAAAAACAGGCAAAGAGAGGGAGAGGAGGAAGAUGGAGGAGACUGACAGGUCUGAAGGAGGUUAGUGAUCAAGAAGAAAGCGAAUGGGAGUUGUUUAAGCUUUCAGUUCAAAUUAAUACUGAAUUUUAUGACAAAGGCCUAUUACCCAUACUAGGAAUAAACUAGCCUAGAUGAUUUUAUGACAUUUUUAGUUUUAGAGGUUCACACAUCAACCAUCAGUCUGUAUCAGUAACAUACUUAGGACCUGCAACUUAUCUAAGAGAGAGGAGACAGCAUUCCUUGACUUCAAUAGUUUUGCUUGAUCUGUGCCUGUUGUAAGUGGAUGGAAAGUAUUUAAGUCAUAUUAUAUCUGUGCCGAAUACAAACUAUGAAGAGACAGAUCUAUUGUGUUGAUUUUACACGUAUUGCUACUCUAAAAAUAAUAAUAAAAAUAAAACUUGGGUCUUUACCUGCACAUGAUUCUUUCCUGGAUAUAUUUCUGUUUGACUGUUUCAUGACUCGCUUUGUAGGAUGCAUCAAUGAAUUACAUUGUUACAAAUUUAAAAUGACUCAAAAUGCUGCUGUUGUCCUUUGAGAAGCUACAGUACAGGCCUGCUGUAAAGCUGUACACACAUAUAUUAAGAGUUGGGGGGAAGCUGCUGAUUGGACACAACAGGAGAGAGCUGAUUGGUUUCUGCUGCAACUUUUACUGAUAAAUCUUUUAACAUUUAUGUAUUUUUAAAUCUUUGUUUUACAUUUGAUUUUAUUAUAUUUGGUAUUAUUUUAUAUCUCUUUCAUGAAUUACAUGAACUCUGCUGGGGUUUGAUAAUUGUAAUUUUCCAUUCAGAAGUGAACUGUCAGUAGCAACAUGUGCAGACACAUCAUGUACCUUGUAACUGAGUCAUUUUAUUACAUUAAACUCAGAAUUUCUGUUUGUUGAGAAACAUCUUUCACACAUUUUUUGUAUGUUUUUG